AUGAAAAUCCUACAGUUUCUCCUCACAUCUACCUUCGCUCAGAACUUCAACGCGCUUUCCCCUGGUAACGAUCCAGAUGCAGCGAUGACGAUGUUCAAGGAAAUCUACUUUCCAAUCUUCAAGGCUUCCUUCACAAAUCUGGAUCACGACAAAAUGCAUCGCCAAAAAGCCGAGGACGUCGGCGAGAUGAGAUUCGUCGAGAGAAUGUUCGACUACUGCGUCGGAGAAGACGAUUAUUUCAUGUCUUUCGAAGAGGAUCUUGCUUGUGGAACAAGAAUGCUAACGGACAUGAGCAAGGCGUUCCCAGAAUUAGCUGAAUUGGUCGAAGAAGAUGACCCAGAACUGAACUCGAUGGUUUACGAAAUUCUUGAUGUCAACGGAGACGGAGGAAUGGACAGGGAAGAGUAUCAAGACUCUGUCUACUGUGCGAUCAGAGUUAUGGCCGCGAAAUUUGUCCAGUUUGCUCCUCCUGAUUUGAAAGAAAACCUUGUCCACAUCCUUUCGUCUUUCGCCGAGACAAUCCCAACUUUGCUCAACAACGAGGAAAUGGAGUCAUUCAUGUCCGGACAUCCGCGAAUCUACAGAAUCAUCAAACAACGCUUCAACGAGAAGCGACUCGGAAAACUCUUCAGAACUGUCGACUUCAACAAUGACGAUGAAAUCUGCGAGCGGGAACUGACGAAGUUUGCGAUCAACUUGCUGGAUGAAUUUUCCGACUUGGCUGAACUGAUUUCUGAUGAAACUGACUACUAA